CCUGUCCUUAAUCUCCAAGAACAACAAUUGCAGUACAUGCGUGGGAUGGGUGAUUCUGUAACGCAGCACCAGGCGUUUGCUGCCCCUGCACCAGCUGCUUCCACCCAGCAGUCCCAUCCGCAGCAGCAGUAUUCUGGCCGAGGCGGAGCACCACCGAUAGGAGGACGCGGAGGUCGCGGCCAGCGUGGUCAGCGGGGUCACCGGGGACGUGGCAGAGUGUAUGGAUACCCCGGUACCCCUGGUCAUCAGUUAUAUCCCCGUGGAUAUGAGCUUCACUAUAUGGGACCCCAUGCAUCUUUCCCUUCAGGAGCUUCCAGUGCAGUUGAUCACACUUAUGCUUCCCCUCCGCCCCUUGUUAUUUGUCAAUUGUGUUUCACUCCGGGUCAUUCCGCCAUAACUUGUUCCAAACUUCACUCGGCUUCUACUCCGGCCCUUGCUGCUUUACCA